UCCAUGGCGGCGCUGGCGGCGGGGCGGCGGUUGGCGGGACGGGCCCGGCCGGGAGCCCCGGGCCGGGGGUACGGGGAGGCGGCGGGUUGGGGAGAACGAGAACGUUCGUAUUGGCGGGCGCUGCGGAGGAGGGUGCUGGGUCCGCCCGUCCCGCCUUUCGCUUCCCCUUGCCAGGUGGGAGCCCCGGUGUUACGCGCCGCCGCCGCCGCCGUGGCACCGGAACGGCUGGGCGGACCCGAAUUGCGGGAACUGGCGGCGGCGUUGGCGGCCGGGCUGAGGCGGGAGCCGUGCCUGGGGUUAAGCGCCCCGCAGCUGGGCGUGCCGUUGCGGGUCUUCGCCGCCGAGCUCACCCCGGCCCGCUGCCACCGGUACCCGCCGGCCCUGCGCAGCGCCCACGGCAUCGAGCCCUUCCCGUUCCGCCUGCUCGUCAACCCCGCGCUCCGCGUCCUCGACGCCCGCCUCGUCACCGCUCCCGAGGGCUGCGCCAGCCUCAAGGGCUUCUCCGCCUACGUCCCGCGCCACUGGGCCGUCCACGUCUCCGGUACCGACCCCCGCCGGUCCUGACCGUCCCCCACCCCGGGUGGGACACGUUUCCCCGGAUCCCCCACCGCCCCUGCAACUCUGACCGCCGCUUUCCCGGUCGGCAGGCGUGGACGAGCACGGGGAGCCGGUGAGCUGGGAGGCGAAGGGCUGGGCGGCCCGUGUGGUCCAGCACGAGAUGGACCACCUGGACGGCAUCCUCUACGUCGACCGGAUGGACAGCCGCACCUUCACCAACGUCAGCUGGAUGGAGCUCCUGGACUGAGGCCCGCCGCGCCGGCAGGCAGGUGCCCGGCCGCACCGGCUGUCCCGGUACCUCGUCUCGCCGGAUCGGAACCGCAGUGACUUCUCCAGCACGGAGCCGCGGCCCCGGGGGGGCGGGGGGGGGUGGCGGCUCUCGCUCGGCUGUACCGCGGGCAAUACACACUGUGAGGGCUCA